AACGGACGGAGGCAACGGGCAACUGUUUAUGUAAACUUUCUGUCAAGUGCAUAACUGUUUCAAAAUAGUGUUACUUCGCGAAAAUAACAUCUCGUAUUUCAACCGCGUUGUGGGCUACGCUAGUUCUCGUGAAUUUAUCCGUGCUUCGUCCGUGCAAAGCACAAUUAUGGCCAUUCCAGUGCCUUACAUCCUGUGAAAAAAAGGUUGAAAAACAUGUUUUAGAUUAGUCAGUUGAUUGUUUUUUUAGUCUUGUUGUUGUUUAUCAGUGUAAAUAACAAUUUUAAAACUCUCUUCCAUAUUAACGAGAAAGCUUUAAGUGUCCUGUGUUUAAAAAUACUGUUAAUGUGCAUGUCAAUAAAAAGUUUUCUAGCGUGUUUGACUAAUCAAAAAUGUCUUAUAUCUCGACAUGAUUACGAAUAAAACUAACAGAGUGCAAGCUAUUAAAAGUAAAUUUGAGAGCCUGAAUCACGAAAGUGAACCACUAAUCGUCAAAAAGACUGCGCGAGAACAGCUGGGUAAACACAAGUCAUACCCCAUUCAAAAUGGUGGCAGUUUCGAAGAAAACUUCCAUAAGGAAAGUUACGACAAAUCGUCGUUUAACAACAAAAUGCGGCAAGAAUCUGACUCAUCCGCUGAAGACUGGCCGGCUGCUCCAAACUUAAGUUAUUUAUAUAAUAAAAGUGACGUUAAACGCAGUGUAAGUGAUAUAAAAACAUCACUAACCCGCCAAUCCAGUGACCCUGGCAAGAAACUCCAUCGAAGUCACGCAUUUCGCUGUGACAGGAGCAAGAUCCAACCUCAAAGACACGGAAGCUGCAACGGCAGAAGUGAAACCAGUGAUUUUACACUAAAAAUGGAUAAAAAGCUUAGCAAUGAACGGUUAAAAACGCUUGGAAACCUGUUAGAAGAUCAGAUGAGAAAAGAAAAUUUUGUAGUGCCAAAAAAUAGCUCUGUUCUCCAUGACUCUAUACCGAAUUCUGAGGUGCCAAAACAUAUUUUAGAUCAGUAUGCAAUGGUUAUUAAAACUAGGAAAAAAGAAGAUGCCAAACAAGAAGCGAUGACGGAUAGCGGAGUUAGUUCUGAGACUGAAAAUUUAGAUGAUGAUAAGUCUAGUAGAAUAAAGAAAUUGAAAUCUCACUUUGAGGCUGAGACGGAGCCGGAAAAGAAUUUUGAAGAAUCAAAAGAUUCUAUCACUGACUUAAAAGACUCUGCCAUUGAAAAUGAUCUUGACUCGAAGGCAUGCUUAGAAUUUAAACCGAACUUAUCUUCUAUGAAUGACUUGUGUGCUUCCAGUGAAACGAUGCGUUUAGAACGCAAAAACCCACAUCUAAUACUAACAGACACUUUAAAGAAGGCUCUAAAACAGCCGUUACCGUCCGGCCCUCCUCCGAAGAAACCACCUAGAAUUUUAGUGACACCUGAAAAGAAAAAAGACACAAAACAAAUGCUGCAGAAAUUAGAACAAGUUCUAGAACAACGGGAAGCGCAGAAAGUGAAAAAUAUCUAUGAUAUCGCUGAGACUAACUUAAGUGUACCAAGGCCUAAAGAAAUGCACUAUUUAUGUACUGAAAUUUUAGAUAUAACGCACAGAACUCUGCUACCGAAUCAGACACAGAAUGAUUCACUUGCCAAUUGCUUUAAUGCAUUGAACUGUACUAUUGGUAACUCCACAACAAGUCUACCGUACACAAGAUUGAGUGCAGCGCUCAAUUCAAAUCGUAACUCUAGAUUUUGUUCAUGCAGCGAUGAGAGCUUACAUAGAGAUCCGAAUGACUUCCUUCAAGAGAAAAAAUGUGCGAAAUGUCUGGGCAAUGAUGGGAAGAACUUCAAAUGUCAUUUAAAAUGUAAAUGUUCCGAGGAGAAAUCUGAAUUUUUCGUGGAAAAGGAACAUGUGUAUGAUGUACCUUUUGUUGAGCAGAAAUAUGGGACGAUAAACAGUGCGAAAAUUAAGCAAAGGAGUUUGGAGAGUUUCAAAAUGGAUGAGGAAAUAAUCUACGACACGCCGCACCACUCACGCCCUCACACCCCCGAACUAACGGACUUCCAGAAACUUCGGGAGAGCUUCGAAAAACCGGCCUUGAAACCUAAACCGAUACUAAAACCGAAGAGUUCAGAGAACAUUUGUGAGUCUGGACAGCAGAAGAGGUUUAAAAAGUACGCUACGGAACGCAAGAGUAGACGGUUGGAUGGCAGUGAAUUGAGGUUUGGGAAGGAGAGAAGUGUGCAGUUGGAUGUGGAUAGACAAAACUUGAAUCGCCUGAUGAACGAGAUCUACGAAACUGUAACCGCAUGCAACAUGGAUGAGAACAAGCCUGGCAGCUUCCCCACUGAGUCCUCUGACAGCACUAGUGAAGAUUCAGUCAAACUCACCCGAAACCUAACGGAAAAGCGAAAAAACUACGUCCGUCGAGUAUCCUCCCGGGUAGCCUACACAGACCCCAAGAACAGGACCCGGUUCAGGCAUCAAACCUCGGACUGUUCGUAUAAAUCCGACACGACUGAGGCACCGCGGUAUUCCACCUUCAGGUCUUGGAAAAGCUUUAGGACAUCGCAAGUGAAUGUAAACGAUAUGGAUUCCGAACCGCCAGAGCCAACGGAAAGGGGAGACGACAAAACGGGGUGCGGUGGAGUGGGGCAAAGCGGAGGCCUAUUCGACGCGUGUCUGUUGGUCGGCCUCAACUGUAUGGCCGGAGAGGCGUAUGUGAAAAGCGUGUUCCCUAAACAAGUACAAGUGCCCCCACACAUAGAAAACCUAGUGUUCCCCGAGACACUAAGUUCCGCCUGCAAGGAAUGGGCCCCUGAGGCAAAGAGUGCGCAGUGCUACUCGUUAGUACUUACUGACGAGAGAGGGGAACGGUCCUAUGGCUACUGUCGCCGAGUAUUACCAGAGGGCGCCACAGUCUGUCUUCCAUUGUGCUAUUGCAUCAUAGGCAAAUACAGGGCACCUGGCUUCUAUUAUAAGGUGCUCCAAGAAAUAGAAUCUCACCACGGCAGCUCCGACGUCGAAAUAAACAGCAUACUUCAACAACUCUUCCACACAGACUUUCCCUCGCCAGGAGAAGAACUAACCGUCCACCAUGUCAAACCAACUAGAAGCAGUUUACAUAUAGAGACGGUGAAGGCUAAAACGAUGCCGGAUUUCCGGCACACUGUGACGGAAAAGGAUAUGGCGGCGUUUUAUGACUUUGAGGGGAAGGAAAAUCAAAGGACGCGGACAAUAAAACGGCCUUUAGAACCUCGGGCUGAUGAGGACAACGUGUCCAUAUUAUUGGACACCCUGGGCACCGGUCUACUUAUCAAGGUCUUCGGCUCUCUACUCCUGGAGAGGAAAGUCAUCAUCAUCAGUGACCAGUUAAGCCUGCUCUCAUCAUGCCUCGAAGCUCUCCAAACCUCUCUCUACCCCUUCGUUUGGCAGCAACCCCUCAUUUCGGCCAUACCGGCCGAAAUACAGAGGGACGUGUUAGAAGCUCCUCUACCCAUGUUAGCUGGGCUUUUGAAAACGGGAGAGUUGGAUACCAGUGGAGUGUUAUUUGAAGAGGGCAUGCUAAUAGACCUGACGCAGCAAUCCAAGGUCAUAUUCUACCAAGGCGAUGAAUCCACAAUACUGCCAACAUACAGCUAUAAAUCGCUUAAAACUACCAUACAGAUGGAGACUAGACAGAAGGAUAAGCAGGACACUAAAACCAGGAAUGUGAUGAUUUCCGAAGCGUUCCUGAGGUUUUUUGUGGAUGUUUUGGGGGGAUACGAGAAGUGCUUUAAAGAGGGGGUCAAAGGAGAUGGAGAAAUGGGGAACUGUGGAGUUGUUUUUGAUAAAGAAACCUUCAUAAGAAACGCCCCGUCAAAACAGAACCAGUACUUCCUAGAAUGGUUCACGGAAACCGCCAUGUUCAACCAUUUCAUACAAAACAUGGCCGCCGUACAUACAAACAAACAGAACAACAAUGUACCAUUAGUCGACACCCCCCUACCGAACUUCUACGAGUUAUUCGAAGAGAGGGUAAGUAGUAGGGGAAGAAUGGAGAAGAUGGACGGUAAGGGGUAUUAUAAAACUGCUAUGAAUAAAAAGGUUAGGUUAUUGAAAACUAAGUUGAGAGAACUAGUUAAUUAGUUUUUAAGUUAUUGAACAACGUGUAUAGUAUGUUAUUAUACAGGGUGAAAUAAAAAAAAACGUUCAAACUUUGCAUAGUCAUUUUUGAGGUCAUAAUGAACUUUUAUUAUGCGACCAAGGCGAAAUCGCGAAAAAAAAUUUACUGUUCCAUAGAAAUGAGCGGCGUCAUGACGGUCGAAAUGUGUGAAACCAUAGAUUAAAUAUAACAAGAUCAUACCAUCCCAUACAUUAAAAUGCGACCGCUUACGAACGCGCUUACACUCCACCACACAUAGAUGGCG